AUGGGACAGAUAUUCUCUUUCAUGGUGAAGAGUAAAAAAGAGAAUGACUUCUUCAAAGAGAAAUCAAUCGAGAAGUUUGGACAGCUCGAGGCUUCUAUGAGGAAUUUGGAAACACAAAUAGGGCAGAUUGCUACAGCUUCUCGUACAAGAGCUCCAGACACCAUUUUAAGUGAUACAGUGCCCAACCCCAAGGGCAAUGAACAUUCCAAAGCAGUCACUCUGGGAAGCGAAAGAAAGUUGGAUUCAAUGCUUUUAAUGGACGACCAAGACGAGGCAUGUAAGGGAAGUCCUGCGUUGGUGCAGGAUGCCCAACAUGGUCAAGAACAGGCUGUAUCCGGCAGCAAGGAACAAGACGAUGAAUCUAAGUUAAAUGGAAGACUUACAGCAGGAGAGAAAGACAAAAAGGUCAAUGAGACAGAACCUAAGAAGAGCAAGUAUAGUAUUCUUAACGACAUUCCACCGCCUCCAUAUCCAUUCACAAGAAAGAAGCGAGUGCGGCAAGAAAAGAGUUUUGAGUGGAUGAUGAAUGUGAUUAGAAAGUUCUUCAAAGACAUGAUGGCGAACAACGAGAAACUUCAGGAUGAGGGGAUUGUGGCAUUGAGCACGAAUUGCUCACAGCUGAUAUCUGGAAUCAUGCCGACGAAGAGAAGAGAUCCAGGAGGUUGCAUCAUACCAUGUGAAAUUGGUAACACGAUUUUCGCAAAGUGUUUAUUGGACCAAGGUUCAGGGAUCUCACUGAUGGCAUUGAAAAUUGCUCGUGCCAUUGGUUUGGAGAAAAGAAUGGAGCCUAUCGAUAUCACUCUACAAUUGGCUGAUCACUCCAUAGUGAAGCCCAAUGGAAUUGUUGAGGAUGUCUUGGUGAAAAUCGAUAAGUUCAUCAUCCCCAUUGACUUUAUUGUGCUCGACAUGCCCGAAGAUAAAGAAGUGCCAAUUUUGUUUGGUAGACCAUUUUUAGCAACGGGAGAUAUAUUUCUUGAAGCAAAGGAUAACUCUGUUACAUUCAGAAUUAAUGGUGAGCAACUGAGCAUUAAUGUCGAGAAUGCAAUGAAACAUCCUACUGAUGUAAAUGCAUGUUUUCGAGUUGAUGUCUUAGACAUAUGCAUCUUUGAUAAGUCGUGCUAUUCUACUAGAAUUGAAGGAAGUGUGUUUGAAAAGGGAAGUCUGGAAAGAGACUUUGGCUCCACAUUUAAGAUGAAUAUUGAUGACAAGGAUGAAGAUCAAGUCGAUCAAUCGAGCUUUGAGAAACAAGUUCUGAUUGACAUAUGUGUUGCAGAUUUGAGACCAUCAAUUGAAGUGCCACCCAAGCUUAAGUUGAAACCACUCCCAAACAAUGUCAAGUACGCAUUUUGGGGGAAGAUGAGACCUUACCAAUUGUAG